AUGCUCAGGGCCAAGUCCUGGAUUUCUACAAGCACAAACAACCCUCAACCACAGGUGAAUGUGUUGGAAAAUUACUGUCCUUGUGCAGUGCCUGUGGGCCUGGGGCACUGCAGGAGCAGUAUAAAAGGGGGACCCUCUCCUUGCUCCCUCAAUCGCUCCUCUCACCUCCUUCUACUUGGGAUCAAGGUGCAUCUGCAGCCCCAAGCCAUGUCCUGCUACACGCCGUGCCGGCCCUGCCAGCCCUGUGGCCCCACCCCGCUGGCCAACAGCUGCAAUGAGCCCUGUGUCAGGCAGUGCCAGGACUCCCAUGUGUUCAUCCAGCCCUCGCCCGUGGUGGUGACCCUGCCCGGCCCCAUCCUCAGCUCCUUCCCACAGAACACCGCCGUGGGAUCCUCCACCUCUGCUGCUGUUGGCAGCAUCCUCAGCUCUCAGGGAGUGCCCAUCAACUCUGGGGGCUUUGGCCUGUCUGGCUUGGGCAGUGGCCUCUGUGGCACGAGGUGCCUCCCCUGCUGA